UGCGGCGGCGGCUCUGCGCGACCCGCUAGGCUUGCGCCUCUGCUGCUCCACCUGGACGUGCCUGGGACGCGCAGGUAACAGGUUUGCGCUUUGUAAAAACUGAAAUAUUGUGUACAGCCGAGUCAUUGCUGAUUCAUACAGCUUGAAGGUUACGUCUGUGUUUGUGUUUCAACAAAACCUGGAAACAAGAUGGAAGAAAACAAUUUAGAGGGCAAUAGUGUGAUACAUGAUAAUUUUGAAGAAGUUCCCAGAAAGAAGGUAAUUGAGUUUAAACCUCCAUUAUACAGACAGCGUUACUACUUUGUUAAAAAUUUGGUGAAUCAACAUAAACCCAAGAAGGUUGCAGACUUGGGGUGUGGUGAUACGUCACUCAUAUGGAUGUUAAAAUUCCACAGUUGCAUUGAACUGCUUGUUGGAGUAGAUAUUGAUGAAGAUAAAUUACAAUGGAAAGGGAGUAAAUUGUCUCCAUUUAUGGGUGAUUUCCUAAGUCCCCGGGAUCUGAAUUUGACUAUAACCUUGUAUCAUGGUUCUGCUGUGGAGAGAGAUUCUCGUUUGCUGGGAUUUGAUUUGAUAACAUGUAUUGAAUUGAUAGAACAUUUGGAUUCAGAAGACCUGACCAGGUUUCCUAAAGUUGUAUUUGGAUACUUAUCUCCAUCUAUGGUUGUUAUCAGCACUCCAAACUCUGAAUUCAACCCCCUUUUUCCUGCAGUGACUCUAAGAGAUGCUGAUCACAAAUUUGAGUGGAAUAGGAUGCAGUUUCAGACCUGGGCUUUAGAUGUAGCAAAUCGCUACAAUUACACUGUGGAAUUUACUGGUGUAGGGGAACCACCAGCCGGAGCUGAGGAGGUGGGCUACUGCACCCAGAUAGGGAUCUUCCAGAAAAACGGAACAGAGGCGACUGAAACCUGUGCUUCAGAGCAGUGCAGAGAACAUAUUUACAAAGCUGUCUUUACUGCCUCGUACCCAAGUUUACAGCAAAAAAGGUUCCGCCAACUCGUGUUGAUUAAUGAAGUGUUCCGAGAAAUCCAAAGCAUGAGACGUAAAUUUGUCCAGAGUCUGAAACCAGAGGAUGAGAGGGAAUUGGAUCACAAGUCAAAAGCCACCGGUCACUCAAAGACCUGCAUCGCACUCGUGGGGCCAGUCUUCACAGAGGCUGAAAAAACCAACAUAGAGAAGUCUCCCAAACCUUUCUGUGUUGGAAAUAAGUUUUAUGUACCCCUGGAGAGGCUUCUCGCUUAUCCCAAGGUGAACCGCUUAUGUGAUAACAUAGAGGCCUUGAAAACACUCAUUGCUGACUCAGUGAGGUUGAACAGCGAUGGGUCUGCAGUGAAGGUUGAUCUGACUGACGAGGUUGAUAAUUACUGAGCCUUCUUUUUUUCCUGAAAUUCAGGGUCUUGUAAGAGUUGGGCUCAUUUAGAGUUUAAACUUUUCAUGUAGUCAUGAUUCGAGUAACUUACUUUUGAAUUUACUUGGCUAACCUUGUUGCUGGGUUUUCUUUUUUUUUUUAAGUAUCUAUACAUAUUUUUUGGCAGGGGGUAAGGGUUUGUUAAUAAUGUUCUUGGUUAUAUGUGUUUUUGUGUUCAGUCAUUUUUGAAAGUACAUUAAAAAGGUUUAAAGAAAAUUGUGUUUAAAACCUUUUCCUAGGUGCCAGGAGUAGCUUUAACAUUUUUCUAGGAGACUUCGUGUCCUUUGGGCUAGAUUCUGACCUGUAAUACUUAGCCUCAAACUUCAUAAAAAACAGGAAUGCAUGUUU